AUGUCUUGUCUCUCAUUCUUACCAAUGACUUCCCCCGAUAGGAAAGGUAAAGCGACGACUGAGGAAUCCUCCCCACUUCCUUCGCUUCCUGAUGAUUUGCUGUUGACCUGCUUCGCCCGCGUCUCUACGUUGCACUACCCAACUCUCUCUCUCGUCUCCAAGAGAUUUAAAUCACUCAUCGCCUCACCGGAGCUAUACAAGAUCCGAUCCACAUUAGGCCGCAACCAGAGUUGUCUCUAUGUGUGCUUUGGGUCCGAUCAUGACCCUAACCCUCGCUGGUUCACUCUCUGCCUGAAACCUGACCGAAACUUGACUAACGGGUCAAGCAGGAAUGUUUUGGUUCCAGCCUCGGUUCCCCAUUCUGCUCCUGCGCACUGGUCUGGUCUUAUUGGCGGACCUUCCAAUGAUAUCUACAACAUUGGCGGCCCCCUUGAAGUUGACGAUGCUCCAUCCUCAACCGAGCCGGGAAACUUGUGGGUGGACCCAAUGGUCGAUGUCCUUGACAGAAAGAUAUAUAUAACAAGAGGUUGCAAUCCGAACACUAAAACUUGGGACCCUGAGGUCUCGACCCCUCCCGCUUUUGUAAGCUUAGUGGUUAGGAAGAAAGUUUACAUGUUUGGAACCUCUAAUGAUUCGGCUUACAAACCAAAAAACGGUCAAUGGGAAAGGUUCUGGGGCUGGAAACCGAGUUUGGGAUGGUUUUCUUGUUGCGUGAUUGAGAAGGUACUGUACCGUUAUCGUUCUGGAGAGUUCAAAUGGUAUGACACCAAGGCAGGGCACUGGAGGAAGUUAAAGGGCUUGAAAGGACUGCCUAAGUUUGUCAGUUAUGGUUUUCAGUUGGUUGAUUAUGGUGGAAAGUUGGCGGUUUUGUGGGCUGAGCUUGUGCCUAACGGUGGCGAUAAGAAAAAGGUUGUUUGGUGUGCAGUUAUUAUGCUUGAGAGGCCUAAGAGUGCCGAUGAGAUUUGGGGGGAGAUCGAGUGGUGUGACGUUGUGUGUACAGUCCCCAAGUCAUAUCAACUGGAGUAUGCUCUUGAUGCUACUCUCUGAUCAACUGGAGUAUACUACCUAACGGGUGAAUUUUUUAUUUAUUUAUUUAUUAAUUGUGGAUUCUCCUGCAAUUAACUUAAUUUUACUUGUAUCUUUCAUAGAAAAGAACCAAAACAAGAUAUUCAUUUGAUUCAAGAGUGUUUUCCCUUGAACUGUACA